UAUCCGAAGAAGCUUCUCUACUGAUCAUAUCCUCCUUAACAACAAUGUCAAUGGUCACCAAUCUCCUUUUGUAUGUGUGUGUAUAUAUACGAUGAAAAGGUUUAGUAAUCUCAAUCUCCACAACCUUGUAGAACACCCAAAUACAUUACUCACCUCCUAGCCCUCUCUCUCUCGCUCCCCCUCUCUCAUAUUUUCUCUGCUCCUGAGGAGAUGGCUUCUUCCACAACCAUGGCUUUUUUAGCUCUUCUUGUUGUGCUCCUGCCUAUGGCUGCUACUGCUGCUGACAGUUUGACUCCUGUCAUUGAGGAGCUGUGCAACGAAGUGCAAUGUGGAAAGGGGUCGUGCGUCGUGAACACUAGCGCUCCAUUUGCCUUCGAAUGCCAGUGCGAAGAUGGUUGGAAGCGGACACGCCUCGACAAUGAAGAUAACCUCAAGUUCCUUCCCUGUGUCAUUCCAAACUGUUCUGUUGAGUACUCCUGCAUGCCCGCGCCUCCGCCGGUCCCAUCCGUUCCAUACAACACAUCUGUCUUCGAUCCUUGCUACUGGAUAUAUUGUGGAGGAGGGACGUGCAUACAGUCCGCAACUUAUGAGCACACUUGCCAGUGCAAUGCCGGUUACACGAAUCUCAUGAAUGUCAGCGUCUACCCAUGCUUCAAUGAUUGCGCAAUCGGUAAUGACUGUUCAAAGCUCGGAAUAAAACUUUCCAACUCAUCUGCUACAGGAUCAGACAGCGGAAGCUACGCCCACAUGUUCCUUCCUGGGAAAUUGCUGUGGAUGACCAUCUUCACAGCGUCUAUGGCUUUGGUUCUAUGGAACUAGAAGGGAGCAUCGCAAGACCAAGUCUUCACUUGGAGUUGUACUAAAGACGUAUAGAUAGAUUAUACUCAGUUUCGAUACGUGCAAUGGCUUGUGUUGCACUUUGUUCUUUAUUUGUUGAAGUGACAUUCUUGUGUAAAAUUGUUAUAGAAACAUGUCUAUUGUAUGGUUAACACUUCACUACGCUAUAUUACAUGUAUAAAAGAGACGAGUGAUUUUGCUCCU